AAGAGAGAGAGUAAGGCAGUUUUCGUGCCGUCCCGACCCACUCCAUGCCUAGAUCAGGCUUAAAGAGGAGGAAGUAAGGGCGGGUUGGGUCGGAAAGGAAGGAAGGACGGGUUGGGUCCAGCGUAUCCGUGUUGGGACUAAAGCAGUCUCCAGCCGGCCUCUGCCUGGUGAGGCAUGAGUGUACCUUACUCUAGCAUAAUAUCACAUUAAAAUCUUGGUUUCUCUACCUCCCUCAUCCAACCCAGGCGGUUAUUCUCCAGCUCACAGAGGAACCGACCCUUCUCCUUGUCCUAGAACACCUUGCUGGACUAGGUGUAUGGAUCUGUGAACGUGUAAUAAAUCAGCUGUGUGAAUAUCUGUGUAGAAUCUCAAGAUAAUAUUGAUCCAGAAAAUAGGUUUAUUUAUCAGAUACUAGGCAGUAAAUAUUGUCAGGGUUGUUUUCAUGGUUAAAUAUUGGUGGGGGGUGGAGCACCCUGACACGCCUCUAUGCUAGUGGGCGUGGAGCAGGUUCCCCGCCCACCAGGAGGAGGCGGGAAACUUCGCACUUUUUCUUGCUCUACCGAGGAGAGUGGAGUUGAGAGUUUAAGCCCAGCAGAGACUAGAUGUGGUUCAGAACACUCAGAGCAAUCCACACAUCACUCAGAGGCGGAGAGUGAGACAUCAGAUUAUCCUCGCAGCACUCCCAGUCCUUCCGCCCCCAAACCCUCCAAUGGGAUCCUAUCCGCCCUUGUCAAAAACUCAAUUCCGUCUGGGCGGACAAAAAGCCUAGAUGUGGCGGAGAAAGCUCCAAUUGUUCCGCCCUCACGGCGAAUCACACUGCCGACGGAUUCAUGGAAACCGCUUCAGAACUUGAAGGUUUCCCUUGUUAAACUUUCAACCUCAACCCUUCAAGCUCAUCAUCUCCCCUCCAACAUUGAACCUGAGUCCUCUCUGUGUGAGUCCAAGACUGGAAAUCAUGAGCCAAAACGCUCUCUGGACUCGGCUGAGGAGACACAGAUUAAAAGGCUUAAGUUGGAAGAUAACCCUGAGGUGAAGGGAGAAUCCUCAACUAGUCAGAAAACACAAAAAUCUUUAAACUUCUCCGAACCUGGAUUUAAUCUGAAGUCUGAACCCGACCUCAAACCUGAGAAUGAAACUUAUUUCUCCGAGUUGAAACCAAUAUCCAACCUACCAACGAGCACUGAAGAUCUCAAACUUGAAAUUGCAAAGAUCGAUAGUAUCCUCGAUGGAUCUCCUGAUAAAUGUCACGUGGCGCCCCCUCGAGAGAGUGUGCUAUAUGAUCCCUUGAACCCCGGAGUUAGAUUAAAAAAUGAGAUCUAUGCACUAAAGGACCGGACUGGAGAAGAGAGUAAGACUGAUGUUGACUCCAACAGGACGAAUGAGCUGGAGGAGGAGGAGGGGAGUAAGGUCCCGGAGAGGGAGUUUGUCAAGUGUUUAUGGAAAGGCUGUGGACUGGAUGUAGAGGAUAUGCAUCUUCUUGAACAUCUUAAUAGUGAACAUCUUGCGGAGAAGAAGGGAGGACAGGAGAAGGGUAAAGGAGGUGGAGAAAAGGUGAAAGGAGGAGGGAAAGGGGAAGGAGGAGGAGGAGGAGGGAGGAAUAAACGAAAAGGAGGUUCUGAAAAGAAUGAAGUUGAGGAGAAAGGAAAGGAUGGGAUGGAGUGUCUGUGGGUUGGAUGCAAGGUUUACGGUGCCAAAUCCUCUGCUAAGGAUUGGUUAAAGAAACAUAUUACUUCACAUAUUGGGAGCAAACCUUUCCGAUGUAUCCUGGACUCUUGUAGGAUGAAAUUCUCCUCUCAGAUCUCUCUUUCUCGCCAUGUAAACUCACAUUUUAAACCUCCCCAAACUCCCGCCGGUGGAGCCGCCUGUCGGAGAAGUUUGGAAUCAACGCCUAUCAAAUUUUACAUCAGAAAAACCCGGAGAAAAGCCCGACUCCGUCCAACACCACUGGUCAACAACAUCGACUUGUUCGACGUCGGAACUAUGGCGGGGGUCAAGGAUGGGUUGUCGAAGGUGAAGAGGAAGUCAAGAAACUGCCUCAACCACGACGAGAUAAAGUUCGACGGAAGUGGAUCCUGCGUCGUUUUUACAGGACGAGUAAUCGGCCGAAAGUUGGACGGAGAAGGAAGUAUAGAUCUCUUGGUAGAAUGGCAUCCACUAGGCUUGUUGGGAGAAGAAUGGGUUCCUGAGCAGAAUUUUAGAUCCCGUCGGAAGGUUUUGAUCAAUCAGCUUUCUCCACCUGCCAGAGAGAAGAUAGAAGAUUAUAUAUUCGGGAAGAAGGAAAUAAGAAAAUCUCCGAGGAAAGCUCUUCCAUCCCCAGGACCAAGGAGAUUAACAUGAUCAGGAGAUUGCAAUGGAUAUGUGUUCUAUCAUGGAAAAAGUUGCAAUCAGAAAAUUUUAGUUACUCAACUAUCUAUCUAAAUUUUUGAAUACAAGAUACUUACAAAAUAAAAUGUAAAAUUCACAAAGAAACUGAAUUUUUACAGUUAGGAGUCAACUUAAAGACUUUUUCUAGCUCAUUUCAUUUUUCAACUUAAUUUACAAAUAUGAUCCUUAAAACAUUAUAACAAAAUAAAUCUAGUCCAAAAUGUGGUCUGCCUUUAUAGUGCUCUCAAAAUUAGCACAGAUGUGACAAAUUUUAAUUUAUUAAAUAAAUUAAACCAAAAUUGUUUAAUUCUGAUCGAAUUCAUUAGUAUUUUUUAAUUAAGAAAGGGAAAACCACAUUUUGAAAAUGGCAGAAAAGGCUAUUUUGUGACUCAUAUUUGUAAUAUUAGAUUGACAUAUGAAUGAAGGAAAAUAUUUUUACGAACAGAGACGAUUUUAUACUCGUCUCACAAUUCAAAAAAUUCAGUUUUUUUAUGACACCGUAUGACUGCAACUUCGAUGUUGAUUUAAUUUCACGGUUAUCAAUUCUUGAAUUAAAUUUCAAACUAAGUUUUAAUCCUACAGAUGCAAUUUUAUCCUGAAAAAUGCAAAUAAAUUAGGCCAAGGAGUAAAUAUGACAUAGACUUACUGCCUAAUAUUGUAUUGUUCCAAAAUCAUAGUAGAGAAUAAUUUUUUGGCUUAGUUGAGAAUCACUAAAACAUUUGAUAAAUACUUUUAUUAUUUGAUGCAUAAAAUGUGUUUAACAAUCUUAAUUCAUUCCCUGUUAAUUUUCUAGUUUAAUUCCGUUUUAAUAUUUUAUUUUGACGAUGAUUUAUACGUUUACACUAACUAACAACAAGGUUUUAAAAAUACGUCUUUUUUAUGAAAGUUGUGCUCGCCAUUAAUGAUAGAAAAUAGUACUUUAACCUCUAUUUACUGACGAAGUUGCCAGGAUGCCAAAAAUAUUUUGCUUUGACUUUUUUACCGCUGAAUUUUCUAGAAAUUUUACCCCCCAAGCCUCGUUAAUUUUAGAGUAUUGUUCGCUUUACAUGUUUUUUUUGUUAUAAAUGGUUAACGUGUUUUUUGCUGUAAAUCAAAAUUAUAAAAGUAACGUCAAAGUGCUAAUUUUUCCUUUGAAAUAACUUUUUUAUUCAAUACUUCCAAAAUAUAUGCAUUAUCCUAAAACAAUUUUAGGCAAGGUUAACCCUUUAAGUUGCAAGUUAUAUGUUCUAGAAAUGUUUUAACUAAUAUUAUCGUAUUACGUAACCAAUGUAUCAGUCUAUCAGACUAAAAAGAACCUAAAAAGUACUUACUCUCCGAUCACAGUUGUGCAGUUAUGUAAUAUGUUUGCAAGCAAACUGUUGAGAUUUUUAACCGGUUUUAAUAACACUAAUGUCAGUUUAGGGGGAUGAAUUUUUAAUCAAAAAAAUAAUGGUGGUGUUGCAUACAAUUAAAACGUUUGGGAUAUGAACGGAAAUGAAAAUGCUUUAAAAAAUAUUUGAGAAAAUCCCUUUGAACUUUGUUUCCUAACUAAAUGACUUAAAAAGAACUGUCGAACUGCCAACUCCAGAAAAGUUUAAAUUUAACUGUUCACUGCCAACUAUAGUAAAUCUGCAGAACAAAGCCAGGAAAUAACUUUAUUCUGCAUUAAAUGAGAAAGGCUGUACAUAAAAUAAAAAUAUAAUUUAUGCCAAAGGCAUUGAGUUUUUGCCACAGACUAAAAUGUUCUCAUCCCUUUAU